GGGAGGAGGAGGAGGAGCAUCAUAACACCGCCUGAAGGACGCAGAGCUGCGGUUCGGAACCGGGCUGAGAAACCAAAUCCAGUCGGCACCGGUGCUGGGUGGAGAUGUAACAUCCCGGAUGUGGGGAAACAGCGUCCUGUAGUUCUACGUCGGGUAUUAGGAGCCGUCAUACAUAUACAUGCGUAGUCUACGUAUUUAAAUAUGAUGUAGCCGAUACGCACUGGCUGGACAGGCGGUGAAGAGAGGUCGCUGACGGACUGUGCGUAAUGCUGAGUGGACAGCAGUAUUUCUCGCUGUAUAUUCCAGCCUAGACGGGCUAUUGACAAGAGAUUCGCACUUCUUCUGCAGUGCAGCUCGUCAUUAUAACCAGAUGCUCUCCGCCGGACCGGACCCGUUCAGUUUCAUGCCGUCCAACCCGACCGGAGCCUGAGCCGAAGGAUGCAGGUUAAAAACCAGAUCUGCACAGAGCGGAGCAGCACCGACGACCCGGAGCAGGAUGACAACCAGAAGAAGACCUCGUGUUUUUCCAACAUUAAGAUUUUCCUGGUGUCGGAAUGUGCGCUCAUGUUGGCACAGGGCACCGUGGGCGCUUAUCUGGUAAGUGUUCUGACCACUCUGGAGAGACGCUUCAACCUCCAGAGUGCAGAUGUGGGCGUUAUUGCCAGCAGCUUCGAAAUCGGCAACCUGGCCCUCAUCCUGUUCGUCAGCUACUUUGGCGCCAAGGCCCACAGACCCCGUCUUAUUGGCUGCGGCGGGAUUGUCAUGGCGUUGGGGGCAUUGCUGUCAGCCCUGCCAGAGUUCCUGACUCAUCAGUAUGAGUACGAGGCCGGGGACUCGUGGCACGCUGAGGACGGCAGGGAUGUCUGCUCCAACAUUUCCAGGUCAGAAAACCGAGACUCUGGGUUUAAAUGUGGCAACAGAGCCAACACCAACAUGAUGUACCUUCUGCUGAUCGGAGCCCAGGUUCUCCUGGGCAUCGGAGCCACACCUGUCCAGCCUCUGGGAGUGUCCUACAUCGAUGACCAUGUCCACAGGAAGGACUCCUCGCUGUAUAUAGGUAUUUUAUUUUCAACAUUAGUGUUCGGCCCGGCCUGUGGCUUCAUCUUAGGUUCUGUCUGUACCAAAGUCUACGUUGAUGCUGUCUUCAUCGACACCAGUAAGCUGGACAUCACCCCAGAUGACCCUCGCUGGAUCGGGGCGUGGUGGGGUGGCUUCCUCCUCUGCGGUGCCUUACUCUUCCUGUCAGCCCUCUUCAUGUUCGGCUUCCCCCAGGCGCUGGAUGAGCAGGACAUGGACGGUGGAGGGGAGAGUGAGCAGGCCAUGCUGCCUUCUUCACUGACCCUGGAGUACCAGGGCUCUAAACCCAACGGGGCCAUUCAUGGCUUUGAUAUAAACAGCGGGCUCUCAGUUUGUGAGCACCUGAGAGUAAUCCCGCGGGUAACCAGACACCUUCUCUCCAAUCCGGUGUUCAGCUGCAUUACGCUGGCAGCCUGUAUGGAGAUCGCUGUGGUUGCUGGCUUUGCUGCCUUCCUGGGAAAAUACCUGGAGCAGCAGUUCAACCUUACCACCUCCUCAGCCAAUCAGCUGCUAGGUAUGACAGCCAUCCCCUGUGCCUGUCUGGGUAUCUUCCUCGGGGGGCUGCUGGUGAAGAAGCUGAACCUGUCAGCUCUGGGCGCUGUCCGCAUGGCCAUGCUGGUCAACCUGGUGUCCACUGCCUGCUACGUCUCGUUUCUCUUCUUGGGCUGUGACACUGGACCUGUCGCUGGGGUUACUGUAGCCUACGGCAACGAGACGUUGCAUUCCUGGCAGCGACCUGAGUCAGCGUGCAUCAAUAACUGUAACUGCUACACAGCAUCAGUGAGCCCUGUCUGUGGUUCCAAUGGAGUCACCUACCUCUCAGCCUGCUUUGCUGGCUGCACCAAACCAAACCUGACCAGCUGCACGUGUAUAUCCAGCACCAGUGAAGACGCGGUGGCUUUACCGGGGAAGUGUCCCAGUCCAGGCUGUCAGCAGGCCUUCCUCACAUUCCUGUGUGUUAUCUGUGUGUGCAGCAUGAUCGGAGCUAUGGCCCAGACACCCUCUGUAAUCAUCCUUAUCAGGACUGUGAGUCCAGAGCUAAAAUCGUAUGCCCUAGGAGUUCUGUUCCUGCUCCUGAGACUGAUAGGCUUCAUCCCCCCCCCUCUGAUCUUUGGCAUGGGCAUCGACUCCACCUGUCUGUUCUGGAGCUCUGUCUGCGGCGAGAAGGGAGCCUGCAUGCUCUACGACAACGUGGCCUACAGGCAUCUGUAUGUCAGCAUCGCCAUCGUCCUCAAGUCGUCAGCCUUCAUCCUGUACACCACCACGUGGCAGUGUUUGAGAAAGAACUACAGGAAAUACAUCAAGAACAGCGAGGGUUACCUCACACCCACCGAACUCUUCGCCUCCAAUGUGACUCUGGACAAUCUGGGCAAGGAGAUCACCCAGAACCCAGCCAACAGGACAAAGUUCAUAUACAACCUGGAGGACCACGAGAUGUGUGACAACAUGGAGUCAGUUUUAUAGUGGUGGUCUGCACCGGGACUGCAGAUUGGAGCCCAGGCUGUUAAUGUGCAACUGAUCUGAUGUGCAAUGUUUCUUUGGUGUCGUAUCAGUUUAGAAGAAUGUUCUCAGUAAGGGUCUUAUCUUCUUCUCACCCAAAACAUCAGACAUAGUGAAAAAUAAUUGAAGAGAUGCUUCCCAAAUGCUCCAUAUCCACACUGCACUUUUUACUAAAAGAGAUGAUCUGGUCCAUUUUGUCAGAUAUUUUUAUUAUUAUUAUUUUUUUUUUACAUUUCCUUAAUUUGUCAGCAAACAGAGAUUAGCAGCAAAGAAACGAUCAUCCGCCAGGAUGCCCCUGAUAUGAUUCUCUUUAGUUGAACUGUGUUAACAGUUCAAAAUGCAGUCACUUUAUGUUUGGAUUUAUUAGGAGACCGGAGCUCUUUGAGAAGCAGAAAUCUGAAGUGUUGGUUUUUCAUUAAUGUUAUUAGACAGUUUAUUUUCCUUUAGAAGGAAGUACUUCUCAGGUCCAGACCAGAUAGAUAAGAUGACGGUUAACAUGGUAGUUUCUCUUGUUCAUGGAUGCAUAUUUGAUCUCAUGGUUGGAGCAUUUUUCCAGACAAACAUACUGUAGGCAAUCCUGCUGGAGACCUAUUAACAGACUUUUAUGUCCCCUCUCUCAGUUGUAUAACUUUAACAUAACAAAUAGGGAAAAACAGACUGACAUUGACUACAGAGGACCGUUUAGGCACAUUACACAAGAAGCAAAGGAAAACCAACAAAUCAGCAACAAGAAAUAUUACAGGAUCAGGCAUAAUCCCAGUAACUUAUCUAAUAAUAAAAAAGUAAGGUAGUGAGCAACAUGUUGCAUCACCACCACAGAGGUCUUGAUUUCCUGGCUGCACCAUUAAAGCCUCUGAGCAUACGGAGUCACAAUAUAAAAUAUGUAGAAAAAAUAUAAUAAUCCCAAAACCAAACCAAUUAAUUUCUAACCUAUGACACAAUACCUGUGUUUUCUUUAAUCGUUAUACAGUGAGCAGUGGAAAAUUAAUGGAAGAUACAGUUUUAAAACAUGUAUUGUUCAGUAUCCUAUAAAAAUGAAACUUAAGUGUAGAUUACAACAAUAUCUGCGAUAGAAACUGGUUUUAUUUUUCAUUUUGUGCCACCAGUCACUCUGCCAGAGCAGCGGUCACUGUGCCUCAGAGGAUGGAUAUUUUCCCAUUUUGGAACCAAACUCUUCAGUUUGAGUCAUACAUGUUGCUCAGAUUUUAAAAAAUAAGGAGCAGUAGCUUUUAAUGUAAUUGGCCCAUUCUUGAGGGCAUUUUAGGACAUUUGUUGACGGUAGAGUGUUGAGCCGGUAUAUAAUAAUUAUCCCUUUAGUGUGUCAUAGUGUGGAGUUUUGCUACGAAUGCUGGACGAGAUUCUGAGACAGAUUUCCUGUUUCAGAGUCGCAGAACUGUUUUGUUUUUUACUUCAUAAUAUUUGUUGAUAUUCAGUCUUUUCUCUUUGACAUUUAUAGAAAUUAGGUGCAACGUCCAAAAGUAUAUUUUUAAAAAGUCCUUAAUGUUAAGCUGAUGAUCUAAAAAACAAUAGACUUUGAAAGAGGAUAAACAAGUUUGGUGGCCCAUCUAUGAAUAGUUGGACAAGACACAUAUGAGCUGAUUCAGUAACUGAACCUGUAACAUUUCAGUUACAUGACUAUCUCUCUAACCUCUGAUUUGACUAUACCACCAUUAUAAUUCUGCCAGGAACACUCACGUCAAUGGCGCAUCGAGACAGAAAUACAGUUUGACUUGGUGGUGUAAUUCCACUCCUGGGGACGCCCUCUGCAGCAGUAAUGCAUGGAACUCACAGCAACAUGAUAAAGAACAAGCAGGGAACAUUGCAAAUAAGACUCUCCAGGGUACAUGUGUGUAGUCAGGCCAAAGCAGGUGGAGGCUGUGGGGGAGGAGGCCUUCACCAAUAGAGUCAGUAACAGCAGCAAAGCUCACAUGAGCAAACACACUGUGGGGUGUGAAGGCAUUUAAGUAGAACGCCAAGUCAAGGCACUGAGACAUGAUGAUUGUGGUGGGCUAGCUGUCAGCAGACACAGCAUAGCAUGACGCACAGUGUCCGGCCACAAUUAGUUCAUUUAAAAGCAUGCUAGUAAUGCAUGCAAUGAUAAAAAAGAAGUAUUCAGUAUGUCACUAAGCUGCACAGGCUCUGUGGUUUGGUUGCCAUGGUAAUAGUUAAAUAUACAUUUAACACCAGUGGCCUCCAAAUUCUAUUUUAGACCAUGGAAAAGCUUUAUAAUGCAUACUGCAUUGUGAUGUUGACGAUUUUUAGCAAACCUCAGCUGACUCAUAAUCACUCACACUGCAGUGAUUGUCUCAACACAGAUUUUUUUUUUUUUUUUUUUCAAAUGAUAAUUUUGUGUUUGGGAAUUCUAUGGGAUUCUGAUUUCUGACAUAUCCAGUUUAUAUAGAGAAUAUAUUGUUUUUUCCUGGCUUACUUUGUAAGUAUUUAAUAUAUUUUGCAUCAAAAAUAUGGACCUUUGUCCAGCCACUCACCAUCGCAAUAGAGUUCAUCCCUUUGAUGUUUAGAGAUGGAGGUUAAAUGAGCAGUUCAACAUUUUGGGAAAUAAGCUUAUUCACUUUCUGGCCAAGAGUUAGACAAGAAGUUUGAUGCGUCUCUCAUGUUUGUAUGGCAAAUAUGAAGCUAGAGCCAGAGGCUGGUUAGCUUAGCUUAGCAUAAAGAUUGGAGACAGGGCCAAACAGAAACAGCUAGCAUGGCUCUGUCCUGCUGUAAAGAAGAAUCCACCUGCUCACAACUCUAAAGCUAAUUUCUCAACAUGUGUGUAUUUUUUUUUAAAUUAGACUGGUGGUGAUGUGAAUCCAGGAAGUCAGUUCACCCUAAGACAAUUGAAUUUUAUCACUUAUACAUCUGGUUAUCUCAUAGUCUGUAUGAAAAUAAUGGAUGUAGCCACUGUGAUGUCAUCCAUUGGAUUGUGGACUCCAGUUUUGAAAACUUGAGUUUGGCAUUUUGGCCGUCACCAUCUUGGAUUUUCAGAGCCAGAAGUGAAUCUAUUCAGACAAGACAGUGGAGCUGUGGAUGAGUGAAAGUUGGAUCUGACUAGAUAAAAAUUUUCUACAGGUUGAACACAUAAGAUAUAAGGUGUUCAUAGAUUAGCUUUAGAGGUGCUUAAAGGUGGAUUUUGUUACCAGAGCCAGGCUAGCUUCCCUUGUGCUAAGCUAGGCUAAGCUAAGCUAACCACCUGCUGGUUGUAGCUUUAUAUUUACCGUACAGACAUGGACGUGGUAUCAAUCCUCUGAUCUAACUCUCGCUAAGAAAGCAAAUAAGCAAAUGCCCUAAAAUGUUGAAGUGUUCUUUUAAGUUAAAGUUCCAUGUUUCAGUCUCAUUUUAUGCUGCCGCUCAUGUUUUAUGAGUACAUUUUUUGCAAAUAGUGGAGCUCAUUUUGGAUCCACACUGUUCAUAUGAUGUAUUUAGUUUAGCACUUCAGUGAACUAAUAGUAUAAGAUAUACAUUGAUGAUGCCUCAGCAUCAUAAAUAAUAAAGAGAAUAUUAUAUCAGAUGGGGAAACAGACAGUUGUUAGAGAAUGUCGGAGAUAAAGAAUGGACCUAUAUUCACCACAGAGCCAGACCACACUGAUGUGUCUGCUUGGUUUAACAUGAACUAAGAGAGUAUAAACACAGAUUUUAGCACAUCAGUGAGACUUCGAUCCUUAAAAUGGAAGAAUUUUUGGGCACUGAUUAGGUCGUGUUUGAAACUGUUUCUAAACUCAAAAUCUGACCGUCCCUGAUGGGAAGAUUGGCUCCUAGCAGGACAUUGAGGACAGCCGGACAUCAUGCGAAGAUGUACAAACUAUUAAAAAGGAAGCUUCUAACGGGGAGGAGAGUGUUAACUAACUUUACCAGCUGGCCACUAUCUCCUCCUCAGUAACCCCCAACAGGUGGCGCUGUCUUUGAUAUCUGUGAUGUCCAGUGUGUCAUAGUGCUGACUCCUCUGUACAUAAUAGUGCCAUACAAGUGCCAAAGUGACACCAUAGAAGUGUUCUGUAAUGUCCUGCAGAGAACUUUGUCUCACCACGCUGGAGCUCAGAGCAGAUCCUCCAGCUGUAUGUAGCCUUUCUGUGAUAUCCCUCCACUUACUUUCACCAUAUCAUACAGAAGUGUCCCAAAAACAUAUUGCCUAUAAAAUAUUGUAUAUGGGUCUAGAAAACAGUAUAAUUUAGGAUGUAAUAACUGUUAAUAUGUAGGACUUUUCUACUAGUGAAGGUAUUGUCUAAUUUAGAUUAAUCUCUCUUUCCAUCAGUGGCAAAGCUGAUAACUGUUUGUUGCUUUGGUCCAAAUAAAAACAAUACUUUGCUUGAAAUAAGUGGCACCAAUGUUGAGCUAUAGCCUGACAUUGUACAGUAGAUAAGGUUGACCGUAGAAAGUCAGCCAAACUUCACUGAUAGCAGUCCUGCACCUGUGCCUGGAUAUUAAGCUCUACUCUGAGACUUCCUGAUGUUGUGCCAUAUCAACCCGUGCACUGUAACAUUCAACACUCGCAAAGAAGAAGCCAACAUAUUCUAGGUCUGUCUAAUGUGCUGGCAAGUGUGACAGCGCUUGCUUGACCUUGUAUUCACCUGCGGCGACAGGACUGUUUUGCCUUGUGAUGAGAAAAUAACUUUGGAGCAUAAAUGUUUUUUUACAUCCUAUUUUUCUCAUUCUUCUCUUUUGAUGACCUUGCCUUGUGGUAACAGCAGGUUGACUUUUAUAGCGGAUCUUUAGAAGUAUGAACAUAUGAAGAGUUUACUGCCAAAAUACACAAUUUCUGGGGAAAAAAUAGUCCUGAGAUUUAUCAUUUAAGAGACAUUUUGACAUUAACGGACAGUUAUCUUGUAAAUAGGCCCAUCAUUUGUUUUUGUUGCUCUUAAUUAUUUCUUACAGAUAGUCACUUUUUGUAAAUGAUGGCUGUUAUUUUGGAAGCAAACUCUUCGUAUGCAGAUAGAUAAUCCUUUGGUUUGAGCCUUUGGGCAGCAUGUUGCCUUUGAUUAAAGUGAAACCAUGUGCUAACCAUGUUAGUGACGGUUUUAGAGUGAUGUGUUUGCUUACAUUGUGGGUGGUAUUCAAUGUGUGAAUUUCAUGGCUCUUUGCAGGGGACCUCUGAAAAGAAAAGGGCAUUGAAAUAAGAAAAUAUCACCUAUAUUUUCAAAGCAUCACUGAAGAUUUUUAGAUACGCUCUAUUGCUUCUUUGAAUUUCUUUUCUUUUUUUUCUUUAGAUUAUAUGAAUUUAUAUUUAAAAGCUUUAUGUUCUGUAUAUUUCUUGAAAAAGAUUACAUGAUUGUAUGUUUAUUGUAAAUAUAUUAAAUAUACUAUUUUUGUUUUUAAUAUGACAUUUUCUGCCUAACAACUAUCAACAAGCCCAUGAUGAUAUCCUGGUUAUUCAGAUCUCACUGCCACUGUGAGGGG